GGAGUAAAGUGAUCUCACCAUGUUAAAAACGAAAGGAUAAGGAAAGGUAAGGGAAGCAGGAUAGGGUGGGAGUGUUGGUACUGAUGUUGCUUUUGGUUUUGUUUCCUACAGCUCUCGACUUGCAGGAACAGACAAGCUGCUCGGAGAACUCCCUGCUCCGCCACGGCUGAAGCGUCGGGAAAAAUACUGUGAGCAAGCUGUCAAGUGGAAAGAAGAAAACACUGAAAAUUUUCACAGUGGUCAUUUCACAGUAUUUUAACUCUUCUCAGAAUUUCAACCUUUUUCUGAGUGGCAAGGCAAGGGGCUUUCAUUGCGUCCAAAUCUUGGGAAGAGAGUGUCUUUACAACAGGAGGUGAAAAAUUGAAUACAGCAGCAAACUUUCUCAGUCUUGAAGAAAUUGUUCAAUCUACAUCAUGGGAAGGCCUUUGUUUUUGUAUAUAUUUUUAUUCUACUGGCAUUCCCUAAAUGCUUUAUUCACUGUUGAAGCUCCCCAGUCACUCUGCACUGUGGAACGUGGGAACAAUGUGACCAUGGAAUGCACGUUUCCAGUGAACGGAAAAUUAGAUUUUAGAGAUUUAAGUGUUAGCUGGGAAAAGAAAGAUGAGUUGAAGCAGGUUUAUGUACUUCACAAAGGAGAGGAAGAUUCCAAAAAUCAGCACAGUGACUUUAGGGGAAGAAUAAAAUUGUUGAAAGAGAAUCUGAACUUGGGACAGUCUCUCCUUCAGAUCACUGAUGUGAAGCUCAGAGAUGCAGGCAUUUACCGCUGUGUUAUUGCCUAUGGCGGAGCUGACUUCAAGACAAUUCAUCUGAAAGUUGUGGCUCCUUACAGAAUUAUACACCAAGGAGUGGUGAGCACAGGAUACAAUGAAUGGAAGUUGACAUGUCAGUCAGAGGGAUACCCAGAAGCUGAAGUGAUAUGGCAAAACAGAAACUAUGAGGAUUUGACUGAUAAGGCAAACACAAGAUCUGAAACUGGAAGUGACCAGUUGUACCGUGUGACAAGCUCCCUUACAAUCAAAAGUGGAAUUGAUGAGAUUUUUUACUGCAUAUUCUGGAAUAAGGAGCUGCAAGAAAAUACAUCUGCCAUUUUACACAUAGCAGAUUCAACUGAUGGCAUUCUCCAGACUGAGAGCAGACGCUUUGUUGGAGCAGCUCUCAUUGCUACUGUUUUUGUUGGAUCAGGACUUCUAUUUCUGCUCUGCAUAAUAAAAGCUAGAGCAAAUAUAGGCAACAGAACACCUGUGGCAAGUUCAUCAACAGCAAAGCUGUCAAAAGAUAAGGAUACACAUGACUGCAGAGAUGCUUCUUUUGAAGACAGCCAGCUGAAAUAUAUGCAAAUUGAGAAGACCUAGAGAAAGCAGGGGAAGAUCCUCUGUUGUGAAGAUUUGAUAGGUCAAAUGUUCUGUGUUUUAUCUGUGAAAGGGGAUAUUAAUUUUUUGUAUUUAUUGUGUGUUGGUAAUCAUCUAUAUUGUUGUAACACAGGAAAAAAUGUAAUAAAGUUAAAAUAAUUACUAUAGCAUAAAAAAAUAUUGAAUGCAGGCUUCUGUAUAUGUGACUAGAUAUCGAGGUAUUUAUUUAAAUAUCAAAGUUUCUACCUUCUCAAGUUUAGGCAAAUGUGUCUUUCAAAGACACAUUUAAUUAAAAAUAUUUUUCAGGUAAAGCACUUUACAUCUAUGACCAUCAUGAAUUUUAUAGCUAGUUCUUGAUAGGCCAUCUUCUGAACCCUUUUUUCUUCCUUCACCUGACCUCUCAAUUUCCCACAUAAAACUGUUCACCAUCUUCCGGAGAAUCUUUUCAAUACUUUGAUUGUCAAAAUAGAUGAUGUGGCAACAAGACAAGAUGCCAUACAUACAGGGCAUUUUCGGUCCUUAAAAUACCAGAUGCUUGCAGCUAAGCCUGAAAAAGAUGAUUUAAAACUCUUGGCAACUAUGGUUUGGAAAUUAAGUAAUACUAAGCUUUUUGGUAUCUUUCUUUGAAAAGCAUUUUGUGCAUUUAAUUUCCUCAUGAUAUAGCUGGCACUACUGCUCAUUGCUCUUCUGAUUUAUGAUUUGGGGAUAACACAAUUCUUUGGACAUUUAGGAGGAACAGCCUGUGUUUUAGAUGGCCAUUUUGUUUUCUUGUAAAUAGAAAAAGGAACAUCUACCUACUUCUAGGACAUGAAAUACAUGUACUUGUGAUUACUUAGAAAUGCUGAAGAAAACUGUUUCUGGAUCCCAUUUCACAAGUUAUUGCUAUAUUACAUUAACUUUCUUUUUUUUGCUAAGUGCAUAGCUUUUUGGGGGGGAUCAUACACAGGUGAAAAUAACUUAUUACAGUAGUAUUCACAAUUGCAUUAUUUUUAAUAAAGCGUAUUUUGUUUUU